AUGGCAGACUCCGUAACUGAACAACUGGAGCAUCUUCGAUCGCUGCUCUCCAAGUCGGAAGUCAUACUACCGUCAUCAGAGCUUUACGAGUCGCACACUUCAACAUGGGCGGCUCAAAAGAACCUCUAUCCGCGCCUCGUUGUCCGGCCCAGUUCAACACAAUCUCUCUCAAAGGUUCUACGAUACCUAUCAAACACUGACCUAGACAUGGCCGUCCGCAGCUCCGGGUACGGCUCGGCGUCGGCGAGGGACGUGGUCAUUAAUAUGGAGUCCUUUGACGAAUUUGACUAUGAUAAGGAGAAUGAGGUUUUGACACUAGGCGCGGGACAGCUAUGGAGAGAUUAUUAUAACAAGAUGGAGAGGGAGGCUCCAGAUCAUCACGUGAUCGCCGCACGAACACCAGCCCUCGGGAUCGGAGGGAGCAUCCUCUCGGCCGGCUUCUCCUGGCUCGCCCGCCAGUAUGGCAACACUUCCGACCCGGACAACAUGCUCGACGCCGAGGUCGUCAAGAUGGACGGGACCGUCCUCUGGGCCUCGCACGAACCUGACCUGUUGUGGGCUUUGCGAGGCGCCGGAGCCAGUUUCUGCGUCGUCACCAGGUUCAAACUCCGUGCCUAUUCAGUGCCCCAGGACAUUUACGCCGGGCCCAUCAUCAUCCCGCGCCGCCAGCUCCCUCUUGUCGUGAGGGGCAUUGCGGCCAUGAACGCCCUCUCCGAGACCACCCUCGCCCCACAAGUCUCCAUGGACUUGUAUGUGGUGAGGAAAGAACAAGCGGCGCACAUGGGCGCCACGGAGGACCUGUUCAUCUUACAAGCAUUCGACUCCCUGGGCGAGGAGCACGGAAGGUCUGAGGAAGGAUUCAAAUGGGCGCUCGCGAUCCCCGGUGCGGUGGACAUGACCAAGGUCACCAAUCUCCGGGGCGUCUCACAGAUGCAUGGUACAUAUGGAAACCGGGAGAGAGAGGAAAAAGCUAACAUAACCCCUCCACCUGGCGUCUUGUUCUGGGGUGGAGGAACAAUUACAGAACAAGUCACCUCCCUCAAAGGCCGAUUCAAAACAUACUGGCAGCCCCUGACCGUCACGACACUUACUGAGAAAACCAUCCUCAAUGCAGUGAGCUGGCUCGACCGCGUCGGCGCGGCGUCCGGCGGAGCGAUAGCCAACAGCGCACAACUUGUAUUUGAAUGCCUGUGUACGCGGGACUCGGCGAGCGGUCCUUCUGGGUCGGCCUGGCCGAGGCCAAAGGGGAUGAAAAACACAAUCAUCUGCGCGGCGGGGUGCGACGCCGAUGCCGCCGGCAAAGGCACAGAAGAAGAACAUGACAAUGACGACGACGGCCUUGCAGCUGCGCGACGGCUUUGUCUGGACGCGCCGGUGAUGAUACUCGGACAACAAGAGGGCGGCGAGCCUGUCCGAUAUGCGCCGAAUGCGCUGGAGGAGUAUCACGACCUGAAAGACGUGAGUAUAUGCCGUACCUUCAGACCUAGAUUCAUUCAUCACCACACCCCCCCUCCUGUCCCAAAAGCGUCUAGCAACAGAUAG